AUGGCGGCAGAUCCCCUGUGCUCCAGUGAUAUCUGGUUCUACGGAGGCAGAUCCCCUGUGCUCCAGUGGUGCCUGGUUUCCAUGGCGGCAGAUCCCCUGUGCUCCAGUGAUGCCUGGUUUCCACGGCGGCAGGCCAUUCUGUGUGUCCUGCAGCAGUGUGUCCUGCAGCAGUGUGUCCUGCAGCAGUGUCCUGCAGCUGUGUGUCCUGCAGCUGUGUGUCCUGCAGCAGUGUGUCCUGCAGCAGUGUCCUGCAGCAGUGUGUCCUGCAGCAGUGUGUCCUGCAGCAGUGUGUCCUGCAGCAGUAUCCUGCAGCUGUAUCCUGCAGCAUUGUCCUGCAGCAGUGUGUCCUGCAGCAGUGUCCUGCAGCUGUGUGUCCUGCAGCUGUGUGUCCUGCAGCAGUGUGUCCUGCAGCAGUGUCCUGCAGCAGUGUGUCCUGCAGCAGUAUCCUGCAGCAGUGUGUCCUGCAGCAUUGUGUCCUGCAGCAGUGUGUCCUGCAGCAGUGUCCUGCAGCUGUGUGUCCUGCAGCUGUGUGUCCUGCAGCAGUGUGUCCUGCAGCAGUGUCCUGCAGCAGUGUGUCCUGCAGCAGUGUGUCCUGCAGCAGUGUGUCCUGCAGCAGUAUCCUGCAGCUGUAUCCUGCAGCUCUUUGUCCUGCAGCAGUGUGUCCUGCAGCUGUGUGUCCUGCAGCAGUGUGUCCUGCAGCAGUGUCCUGCAGCAGUGUGUCCUGCAGCUGUGUGUCCUGCAGCUGUGUGUCCUGCAGCUGUGUGUCCUGCAGCAGUGUGUCCUGCAGCAGUGUCCUGCAGCAGUGUGUCCUGCAGCAGUGUCCUGCAGCAGUGUGUCCUGAAGCAGUAUCCUGCAGCGGUGUGUUCUGCAGUAGUAUCCUGCAGCAGUAUCCUGCGGCAGUGUGUCCUGCAGCAGUGUGUCCUGCAGCAGUGUGUCCUGCAGCAGUGUGUCCUGCAGCUGUGUGUCCUGCAGCAGUGUGUCCUGCAGCUGUGUGUCCUGCAGCUGUGUGUCCUGCAGCAGUGUGUCCUGCAGCUGUGUGUCCUGCAGCUGUGUGUCCUGCAGCUGUGUGUCCUGCAGCUGUGUGUCCUGCAGCAGUGUGUCCUGCAGCUGUGUGUCCUGCAGCUGUGUAUCCUGCAGCUGUUUGUCCUGCAGCAGUGUCCUGCAGCAGCAGUGUGA